UCACCGCAGCCGUUCACACACACACACACACACACACGCGCGCACUGCGCGAGCCGCCCUUACAGUCUUAACGGUUUGCACGCGUACAGUGUAUGUGACAUCCUAAGCGCGUGCGGAGUUUGUACCGGUAUCGCGGUAGUCAGAAAAUCGGGCAGAAGCUUCUGGACAGUGUGUUUGUGAUGUUUCUUUGGUUUGGUUUUUUUUGUUUCUUGUUCCGAAGCUGAUAAACGAGACUCAGAGAAACUUUUCUCUUCUUUCCCCCCUGACCGGCAGCUCGGUGCUGAGAGGCGCGCGCGCGUGUCCCUUACCGGAUUAAGUGAAGAUGUGAUAUUGUAUAUUUCAUUUUUCGGAUUUCUAUUCUAUCCACGACAGUGAGGACACCUGUGCACAGACCAGCAAAAUGAGAAUAACUCCUCCCAAUGGGGUAUACAUUCUUCUCAUUCUUCAGACGUUGUGGUUGGGAAUAUUUGGCCAGUGCAAAGAACCGAGUGAAAGCUCCAAACUCAAUCUAUCCGUGACGUACGACCUCCGUCGCUUUGUCUCCAACACAACUGUGCAAAAGCUUCUGGUUUUCAACGGAAGCGUAUACGUCGCCGCUAACAACGUCCUCUACGCCCUGUCCGCCAACCUCGAGAAAGUUCAUGACUACGAAACUGGACCUGCGAAAAACAGCUCCCAAUGCAACAGUUGCCAAUCUCUCAAUGCUACCAACACCAGCAUGGCCCUGAUAAUGGAGACCUACUAUGACCCCGAGCUGUUCGUCUGCGGUCCGAUGGAAAACGGCAUCUGUCGCCGGCACGUGCUGGAGGACGGUCGGCUAGACGUCGGCAUACAGAGCAUCGGUUCUCAUGAAAAUGACGACAGCGGCUACAUCGCCGGUCCAGCCGGAACCCAGAUCGUGAGUGUAGAAGUCGGGAGAGUCGUGAGGUUCUUUGUUGCUAAUUCGGAACCACUCGAUCCGUCUUUAUCUCCAUCUCCACUUCACCACACCAUCUCUGUACGAAAGAUGUGGGACACCCAGGAUCGCUUCGAGUACGUUUCCGAGCAGUCGUACAUGGACCUAAAGCCAGCGCUGCGUGGGAAUUAUCCUUUGCACUACGUCUAUUCCUUUCACAGUGGCUUGUACGUGUACUUCCUCACCGUCCAGCGAGAAAGCAGCACCUCCAGAGCGUUCCACACGCGAAUUGUUCGGAUCUGCUCCUCCGACCUGGAGCUUCAACACUAUGUGGAAAUGCCCUUUGAGUGCAUUUACUCAGAGAAAGGGAGACGCAAACGUUCAACACAAACGGUGUUCAACGUUCUUCAGGCAGCUCACGUAGCCCAAACUGGAAGCAAUCUGCGCAGGGAGAUGGGCUUCAAAGAAGGAGAAGAUGUGCUCUUUGCAGCAUUCGCCAAGAGCAAGCCGAACUCCCCCGAGCCCACGGUGAGCUCCACGGUCUGCGUAAUCUCCAUCGCCGAAAUCAACAACUUCUUCAAGGACUUCAUGAGGCAGGCCUACACCAAGCCACUCUACCACUUAACCGGAGCCAAAAUGAAGUCCUACAACCAGAGCUCAGUCGGCGAUUCCUUCGGCUGCGGGAAGCAUGACAAAGGCUACAGGUUGGAGGUUAAAGGAACCAAUCCGCGCAAAGACUGGUUUAACGGACGCUUCAGAAACGUUCUCCUCACCUCCAUCGCCGUGGUGCCUGUGCAGGAACACACCGUGGCUACGCUCGGGACCGCGGACGGGAGAGUCAUCCAGGUGGUGGUUUCCCGUUUUGGCAACACAGAGCCGCAUGUGAACUUCCUCUUGGACACGCUCCCCGUCUCUUCAGAAGUCGCCGUGAUGUCUCCACAGAGCCCAGAAGCCUCCUUACUGCUGGUUACAGGAAAUAAGGUUUAUAAGGUGCCUGUAAUCGGGCCUGGUUGUGAACAGUUAUUAAACUGCAGCUCGUGUCUUCUCGCUCCUGCCUUCAUGGGUUGUGGAUGGUGCCGGAAGAGAAACCUCUGCACUCGUUCGCCUCGGUGCACCGCCUCAAGCUGGAGCCAAGAUUCCUGCCCCAUUCUCAUCUCAGAGAUCUUUCCUCAAACGGCUCCACUGAAAGGACACACCAACCUCACCAUCUGCGGCAGAAACUUUGGCUUCAGUAAGAAGGACCGAAUCGACGCCAAGCUGAUCGACGUGGACGUGGCCGGAGCAAAGUGCAGGCUGAUGGAAAAGAACAUCAGCAGCCAUCGGUUGAUCUGCAGCCUGGAUCAUGUGGAAGGGUCCAGUUCGGAUCGCACUGUCAGAGUACGCAGCGGAAAGGAGGAAGGAUGGCUCGAGGGCUUUUCGUUCGUGAACCCUGUUAUCACCGGAAUCGUUCCUGAAUUUGGGCCCAAAUCUGGAGGAACCAGGCUGACCAUUAAGGGUUCGUUCCUGAACAGCGGAAGCUCGCGGAAGAUCACGAUCGGCCGUGGCACCUGUGUGUUUCGGAGUUCAUCAGCCAGCAUGCUGACGUGCCAGACUCCACCUCAGGACGUUCUCUCCCAACACAGUGUGCAGGUGCAUAUCGAUGGAGUGACGUUCCAAGCUCCGUCCAACUACACCUACAAUGAGGAUCCGCUGAUCCAUAACAUCCAGCCCACACGUUCUUUCAUCAGUGGAGGCAGCACGGUGAUAGCGUCUGGCGUCUACCUUCACUCAGCCAUGCAGCCUCAGAUGGUCCUCAGCGGUCCUCCGUUCAAAGAGGUUUAUGUGACCUGCACACAGGGCGAAGACAGACUGACCAUAGUGUGCAUCACCCCCUCGCUGAAGGGCCUCAACGUUCGUCCUCCGGUCGCCACCAAGAUGAAGUUCAUACUCGACGGCUUCUCAACGCGGCAGUACGACAUGACCUACGUGGAGGACCCGAGGUUCGAGGAGUUUCAGAAGCCCACUUUGACGCCCAGAGGCAGCAAGAGUGUGCUGGAGAUUAAAGUUCCUCGUGUGGACAUGGAAGCGGUGAAGGGCGAGGUGUUGCGAGUGUCCAAUCGCUCCUGUGAGAGUGUGACUCUGGUGGGAAACACACUGGAGUGCACGGUGCCCUCGGAGCUCCAGGCUGCCAGCAGAGAGCUGGAGGUGGAGUGGAUGCAGGCUUCAUCCUCGGUCAUUCUGGGCCGCGUGAUGUUGGCGCAGGAGCAGGACUACAGGCCGCUAAUCGCCGGCGUGGUGUGCGUGUCCAUCCUGCUGCUCUUACUGCUCGCGCUCUUCGCCUGGAUCAAGAGGAAGAAGCACAUCGAUGAUUUAGCUGAAGGGAUGGUUUGGUAUGACGGCCGUGCUCACAUUCCGCACUUGGACAUGCUGGCAAACGCGAGGAGUGUCAGUCCCACUAACGAAUUGGUGUCUCACGAGUCUCUGGACUAUAGAACCACUUUGCUUGAGGACCAGAGCUUGCCGAUGUCUCCGAGCGAGUCGUGUCGUCCUCCUCCGUACGUCCACGCGCACGUGGACCUGUCCUCCAUGCUGGGGGCGGAAGGAGACCCGUCUUCUCCCCUCCUGCCCGGUUACGCCCCCGUGGACCUGAGCAGCCUCCACCCAGAGCUGCUGAAAGAGGUGCAGCACGUCGUCAUCGCCAGGGAGGACCUGCUCUUACACGUUCACGAGAUCAUCGGAAGAGGGCACUUCGGCUGUGUUUUCCACGGGACCCUGCUCGAGCCGGACGGCCAGAAACAGCACUGCGCAGUCAAGUCUCUGAACCGAAUCACCGAUGUCGAAGAGGUGUCACAGUUCCUAAAGGAAGGAAUCAUCAUGAAGGACUUCAGCCACCCCAAUGUGCUGUCUCUGCUGGGAAUCUGCCUGCCCAGUGAAGGCUCUCCACUGGUGGUGCUGCCUUACAUGAAGCACGGAGAUCUGCGCAACUUCAUCCGAGAUGAGGGCCACAACCCUACCGUAAAGGAUCUCAUGGGCUUCGGCUUGCAGGUGGCGAAAGGCAUGGAGUAUCUCGCCAGCAAGAAGUUUGUUCACCGAGACCUUGCAGCAAGAAACUGCAUGCUGGAUGAGAGUUACACAGUGAAGGUGGCAGACUUUGGCCUGGCCCGAGACGUGUACGAUAAGGAGUACUACAGCGUGCACAACAAGAGCGGAGUCAAGCUGCCGGUGAAAUGGAUGGCUCUAGAAAGCCUGCAGACUCACAAAUUCACCACCAAGUCUGAUGUUUGGUCGUUUGGUGUGUUGCUAUGGGAACUGAUGACCCGAGGAGCCCCGCCCUACUCCGACGUCAACUCCUUCGACAUCACGGUUUUCCUCCUGCAAGGACGACGACUGCUGCAGCCCGAGUUCUGCCCUGAUGCCCUCUACAACGUGAUGGUUGAGUGUUGGCACCCCAAACCCGAGCGGCGUCCCACCUUCUCCGAGCUCGUCUCGCGCAUCUCAGCCAUCUUCUCCAGCUUCAGCGGAGAGCACUACAUCCUCCUGAACACCACCUACGUGAACAUCGACAAGAUGACUCCAUACCCUUCUCUCAUCUCGUCUCAGAGCCAGCUGAACCGGGACUGCUGCACCUGAGCGGAGAGAGACAGGACACACACACACACACACACACACACACAGGAGGACGAGGCAGGAAGGAGAACUUUUCGAGUGUAAAAGGAGGAAGCUGAUUGGCUGAUUGUCUUUAUCACUGUAGAUAGAGUAGAGCUCUCUGUAGCAGGAGCAGCUUUGAUUCCUGCACAUUCGCCGAUAUGAACUAGUUUGAGACGCUGACAGAUGCAGAGCAGCGCUCAAAACCCCGUCUCUCACUCGGAAGAGCUGGCAGACGCUCCUCAUAACUGUGAAGACGAGUCCAAGAAUAUCGAGCGACACCCUGGAACUGCGCCGGGACACAGUGAAUCAUCUGAAGUGCAGCAUCUGUACACUGUGCAUUCCUGAUCCAGGAUCAGUUCCUGUCCACGUUACUGUAUAUACACUGUAUAUUUUAUGCAUCUAUCGCAGAACAGACUGGAAUCUGCGACUCUCGAUCAGAUGAUCCGGAUCUCUCGGUGUUCCUCUCACCCUCUGCCUGUUUGGGCUCCUCGAUGUCUGACUGCAUCGCAGGACGUCGUGAACGUCUCCAAAGUCCAGCUGACCUGAGAACAGCGGGACAGGACGAGACUCUUUUAGCAGAACACUGGAUGAUGAAAUGGAAAAGUGUGACUGUAUUUAGGGCUGCAUCAAUGUGGUAUGAGGUACACCAAGCAGCAGAACGUCUCAAAAAUACGAUGGCGGGAAAAAAAAAAGUCGACAGAUGAUGGUUUAUUCUUGACAGCCAACUAAAACAAAAAAACGACUUUUUAUAUACUAAUAUAGACGAGCUGGUGCAGCGAUGGCACAUUGAGGGUGAAGGGAUUUGAACUCACGACCUUGAGAAAUGCCUCGACCACUAAGCUAUCGCCUUCCCAUGGGAUUUGAACUCAUGAUCUUCUGCUCAAUAGUCAAACAUCUUAUUCACUGAGCUGCCAAACCAAGAGCACAAUCCUCAUGGCUGAAUCAGAUCAGUGGAACGUUCCUGACUGAUGAACAGCAUCGAUGGAGCCCCGAUUCCUUUCUUUUCACCUGUACGAAGAUUCACACAUGAUGAAAUGUAAAUAAAUAUAUAAGCUUCUACGACUUCCAACCAAACACAAUCUGAUUCGUUAAAGAAAACCUGAUGAUCUUUCUUCUUCUUCUUCUUUUUUUUUGUGAUAUAAAGUUGUUCUGAAGUGUGAAUAAGGUCCGGUUCUCGUGUCUGAUCUGCUGUGUGAUUAAUGUUUAUGUAUAUUUCACUAUACAGACUGAUGUAUCAUGCAGGAAUAUUUCAAGGCUGGUUGAAAAAUGUUCUUUUCUGUAUAUUGUACCAGAGGGUACUUUGUGUCCGUAGGCGUGACUCUCGUACUCACGUGACUCACGUCCUCCCGGUGGCUCGGCGUAGCGUUCGCUCUCUGUAUGAAUGAGGUACAGAUAAAUAUCUUGGUUUCUCUGCUUGUGACUUUGUUAAAUAAAGUUCAUUAUUAUCAGUG